AUGCUUGGGACCAUGAUCAUGCUUCCCUCGUGUGCUCUCUCUCUCUCUCUCUCUCUCUCUCUCUCUCUCUCUCUCUCUCUCUCUCUCUCUCUCGCUCUUUCUCUCUCCCUCUCUUUUUGGAUGUGUUUCCAUUGUUUUCCUGCAGCAGCAGCCGCCGCCGCCCUGCAGCAGCAGCCGCCGCCGGGCCUGCAGCAACACACGCCGCCGCCCUGCAGCAGCAGCCGCCGCCGGGCCUGCAGCAACAGACGCCGCCGCCCUGCAGCAGCAGCCGCCGCCAGGCCUGCAGCAGCAGCCGCCGCCAGAGCCUGCAGCAGCAGCCACCGCCAGAGCCUGCAGCAGCAGCCACCGCCAGAGUCUGCAGCAGCAGCCGCCGCAAGAGCCUGCAGCAGCUGCCGCCACCGAUCCAACAGCAGCAGCCGCCGCCGCUCUGCCGCAGCAGCCACCGCCACCCAGCAGCAGCAGCCGCCGCCCUGCAGCAGCAGCCGCCGCCAGGCCUGCAGCAGCAGCCGCCGCCAGAGCCUGCAGCAGCAGCCACCGCCAGAGAUUGCAGCAGCUGCCGCCCCUGGACCCGGUACGCUCUGUGCUGCCCUGCCUGUGCUGCCCUGUACUGCCCUGCCUGUGCUGCCCUGUACUGCCCUGCCUGUGCUGCCCUGUGCUGCCCUGCCUGUGCUGCCCUGUGCUGCCCUGCCUGUGCUGCCCUGUGCUGCCCUGCCUGUUGCUGCCCGUGCUUGUGCUGCCCGUGCCUGUGCUGCCCGUGCCUGUUGCUGCCCGUGCCUGUGCUGCCCGUGCCUGUGCUGCCCGUGCCUGUGCUGCCCGUGCCUGUGCUGCCCGUGCCCGUGCUGCCCGUGCCUGUUGCUGCCCGUGCCUGUGCUGCCCGUGCCUGUGCUGCCCGUGCCUGUGCUGCCCGUGCCUGUGCUGCCUGUGCCUGUUGCUGCCCGUGCCUGUGCUGCCCGUGCCUGUUGCUGCCCGUGCCUGUUGCUGCCCGUGCCUGUGCUGCCCGUGCCUGUGCUGCCCGUGCCUGUGCUGCCCGUGCUUGUGCUGCCCGUGCCUGUGCUGCCCGUGCCUGUGCUGCUCGUGCCUGUGCUGCCCGUGCCUGUGCUGCCCGUGCCUGUGCUGCCCGUGCCUGUGCUGCCUGUGCCUGUUGCUGCCCGUGCCUGUGCUGCCCGUGCCUGUGCUGCCCGUGCCUGUUGCUGCCCGUGCCUGUGCUGCCCGUGCCUGUGCUGCCCGUGCCUGUGCUGCCCGUGCCUGUGCUGCCCGUGCCUGUUGCUGCCCGUGCCUGUGCUGCCCGUGCCUGUGCUGCCCGUGCCUGUGCUGCCCGUGCCUGUGCUGCCCGUGCUUGUGCUGCCCGUGCCUGUGCUGCCCGUGCCUGUGCUGCCUGUGCCUGUUGCUGCCCGUGCCUGUGCUGCCCGUGCCUGUGCUGCCCGUGCCUGUGCUGCCCGUGCCUGUUGCUGCCCGUGCCUGUGCUGCCCGUGCCUGUGCUGCCCGUGCCUGUGCUGCCCGUGCUUGUGCUGCCCGUGCCUGUGCUGCCUGUGCCUGUUGCUGCCCGUGCCUGUGCUGCCCGUGCCUGUGCUGCCCGUGCCUGUGCUGCCCGUGCCUGUUGCUGCCCGUGCCUGUGCUGCCCGUGCCUGUGCUGCCCGUGCCUGUGCUGCCCGUGCCUGUUGCUGCCCGUGCCUGUGCUGCCCGUGCCUGUGCUGCCCGUGCCUGUUGCUGCCCGUGCCUGUGCUGCCCGUGCCUGUGCUGCCCGUGCCUGUGCUGCCCGUGCCUGUGCUGCCCGUGCCUGUGCUGCCCGUGCCUGUGCUGCCCGUGCCUGUGCUGCCCGUGCCUGUGCUGCCCGUGCCUGUGCUGCCCGUGCCUGUGCUGCCCGUGCCUGUGCUGCCCGUGCCUGUGCUGCCCGUGCCUGUGCUGCCCGUGCCUGUGCUGCCCGUGCCUGUGCUGCUGUUGCUGCCCGUGCCUGUGCUGCCCGUGCCUGUGCUGCCCGUGCCUGUUGCUGCCCGUGCCUGUGCUGCCCCGGUGUAA